AAAAAAACUUUCACAUGGAGAGUAAACACAUUGAUCCGUGUCCAGAUCACUUUAACCUGGCAUCCCUCCCUUCCUGACUGAGCCUGGUAGCAGAAGUAGAGAAACAUACAAACAACUGGGUAAAGGCUGACUGGAUACUGGAUAGAGUCCUGUCUUAUUCCACUGGGAAACAACAACAGCAGCUGCAGCAGCAACGGGGUAACAGAAAGCAUCUUAAAAGAAAAUAAGCUGUAAUGUUCACCCUGUUCUCAGGAGGAUGAUGUUGCAUAUGCGCUGUCGCUCCAGGACAAUCUGUCUGUCCUUGGCCUUCAUCACCAUUUCCCUCCACCUCCUCCUGGCGCUUGUCUCUCUUCCUAUUUACCACCAGUCCUGUGACCCCCCACUGCCACCCAGGACACACAUCCUGAGAGACCUGGCACACACCAACUACACCUCUGUGGGGAUCAGCGGUUUAGCUGAGCCACCAACUGAUACCACACAAAGAGAUUCUUCCAAUAAAGAUGCCAAUAAGGAUGCUAAAGGUCACGUGCAAACACUUUCUGGCGUGGGCAUAUCAGUGAAAGAAAGCAAAUAUGCCUCAGUGGACAUGCCAGUCAAUGUGGGUCGCUAUGGCACCAACCGAGCUGAAUCUGUGGAGUCGGGGCUGACAAAGCUGGAGGCGCUGUUUGACCAUCCUCUUUACAAUAUGCCAGCCCCUCCUAUCCCUGAGGAGGACUGGCUGUUGAAAGUGCAACCAAAGGCCAAGGCCAGUGAGAAGAGCUCCCAGAUGUGGGUGAGUGCGAGCCAGGCAGACUACGUGGACGGCCAGUGGAACAGCAGCAGUAACAGCCAUCCUCCUUGGCUGCGUUUCCACCUGGGCAUCUCCCGCUGGCAGCUGUACCCCCAUCGUGACCCCAACAUGGAUGCGCUGACCCAGCAGCUCGCCACGCACCGCAUUGUCAGCGCAGUGCAGAAGUCUGGGGGGACGCAACUGAAGCUGGUGAUGUCAUUUCCUAACUAUGGACAAGCCAUGUUCAAACCCAUGAAGCAGGAGAGAGAUGAAGAAACCAAUUCCGACCUCUAUUACUUCUCAGACUUUGAGAGACACAAUGCAGAAAUCGCAGCUUUUCACCUUGACAGGGUUUUGGGUUACAGGAGAAUCCCACCAGUGGUAGGGAGGCUGGUGGAUGUGGUCAAGGAGAUCAAAGAUGUCACCACGGACCGCAAGCUGGCCCGAACCUUUUUUACGUCCCCCGUGGGAAAUGUGUGUUUCUACGGCCAGUGCUCCUACUACUGUUCAACAGAGCACGCUGUGUGUGGCCGCCCCAGAGAUCUCGAGGCCUCCUUGGCUGUCAUGCUGCCUGAUCUCUCCCUGGCGGUCCGCAGGAGCUGGAGAUCCCCCUGGAGACGCUCCUACAGCCGCAGCAAGCUAGCAAAGUGGGAGUCAGAACCAGACUACUGUUCGACGGUGACAAAGACCCCGCCAUUCAACAAAGGCACAAGACUGGUGGACUUUAUAGAUUUGGUCAUACUGGACUUCUUGAUGAGUAACAUGGACAGGCACCAUUAUGAAACUUUUGAGAAGUUUGGCAACAAUACUUUCCUAGUACACCUUGACAACGGGAGGGCAUUUGGGCGUCACUCCAAGGAUGAGCCCUCUAUCCUAGCUCCUCUAGAACAGUGUUGCAGAAUCCGCCGCACCACCUGGCUACGCCUGCGUCUACUGUCCCUGCCACAGUAUCGUCUCAGUGAUGUCAUGAGGGCCUCGCUCUCCCAUGAUCCUCUUCACAGUGUGGCUCCACUGCUGUCGGAGCCUCACCUCGCUGCUCUCGAUCGGCGCUUGAAAACUGUGCUGGAGACCGUAAGUCGUUGCCAAAAGAGACAGAGUGAAGAUGGUGGUGAUGAUGGGGUCCUCUAUGAUGACAUUGCCUAAUUGAAAGACAUGGUCACACCUGCUGGGUAGGACAGUCUGUCUGUACCUCCCAUAUGUUAUGAUAUAUAUGUACAUGAUUACAUUUCACACUAGCACAUGCAAAAUGGUGUUAGCUGUUACAUUGAUGUAGUUAAAGUCACAAGGACAUAUUCCAAGUUAAAGUAGAACAGGUUGUUUACGUGACAAUUCUUUCGAGCCGCUAAUGUAAUGGUGCCCUAGGAUUUUUUUUUUUUAAUUUCAGCAUCAAAAAUUCAUGAUGUUUUGAAAGUUGUAAGAGUUGAAAGAGUUUAUAACGUUUAGACAUAUGAUGGUAUGCAAUAACGGAAUGGAUAGUUGGUCAAAUAUUUAAUGCAAUUUUAAAACUAUUGAACACUUGUACCGUAUCCUAGGAAGUAUUAUCAAGUAUUGGAAAUUCAUCAGUUACAUUUUGUCAAUUCUUUUGUCAUUUACUUGAAAAAUUGGUGUAUUCAAAUGUGAUGACAACAAAAUUGGUCUGUUACAGGUUAAAAUGUGUGCGUAGUAAAGGAGGCGACUGCAUGUUUGAAAUUCAGGUUAAUUUGACUGGUGACGAACAAUUUGACUUUACAUUCUCUUAGUCUCUUUUUGCAUUCUGUCAAAAUAAUAUUAGU